AAAGAAAAUCAUAAAAUGGUACUGUCUCUACCUUGGCUAUGGAGUAAUAGUCCAUACUGCCAUGCCAACCCUGUAUGUAGAAACUACAUAAAUGCAGGGAAGGCUAUCAGAACCCGCAUGCUUAUGAUCAAUCAUAUUCUUAUCUAUCUAUCAGACUCGCAUAUUAUUACUGUGGCGUACUUAUUAUUAUUAUUGUUAUUCUCAAUUUAUUCCAUGAUGAUUCAGUAUGCAUUGUGUGUUACACACGCAUGUAUGUGUGGAUGUACACUGCCGUCGACAAAGUAG